AUGGUCUCCGCGCGGGAUCCUCUCGUUGCCCCUCCAAGCAGGGUCAGAGAGAACAACAACGGCAACGCCGACCCUCCCGGGGACUCAGGAUCAGCCGACGACGAAACGACCCGGCUGCUGGCCGCCUGGCGGAUCAGCCCCGAGACCCACGACCACAUCCUCCGCACCCGCAUCCUCCCGGCCGAGCUCGACCCCUUCCUCCCCGAGGUCGGGGGCAAGAGCACCCGGCCGCGGGCGAUCCUGAUCCUGGGCCAGACGGGCGCCGGCAAAACCCACUUCACCCCGCGCCUCCUCUCGGCCCUCCGCCAACAGCAACAAGAAGAAGGUGGAGGAGGAGGGGGUGGGGGUGAUGAUGGAGGAGGAGGAGGAGAGAAAAGGCCGAUCCUGCACCUGAUCGCGGACACGUACAAGCGGUACCACCCGCACUACGCGGCGUGCCUGGCGUCGGCGCGGCACGCGGGCCUGGCCUCGCGGGUGGCUGGCCCCGCGGCGGCGCGGUGGCUGCUGGCCGUGUGCGAGCGGGCGGCGGACGCCCGGGCCGACCCGGUCGUCGUCGAGGCGGCCGCCCGCCGGCCCGACGAGUUCCGCGCCGUCGCGCGCGCCUUCGCCGCCCGCGACUACGCCGUCCGCGUCGCCGUCCUCGCCGUCCCCGCCGCCCUGAGCCGGCUGGGCAUCGCCCAAGAAGAAGAACAGAAGGAAGGGCACGGCGACAGGGGCAUGCCGGUUCGGUUCACGCCAAAAGCGGUGCACGACGCCAGUUUCGAAGGCGUCGAGGCCGUCGUGGGCUGGUUAGAUGAGGACGGGGAGGCCGGCGGGGGGGAAUUGCUGGACAGGAUUGUUAUGGUGCGGAGGGGGGGAGAGGUGGUUUACGGGAACGAGAGGGCCGAAAACGGGUGGGUGAAGGAGGCCGCGGCACUCGCGGCGCUGAGGAGGGAGCGGGCAAGAGGCUUGACAGACGAGGAGAGGAAGACGGCGGAGGAGGGCAUUAGGAUGCUCAAGUCCCUGGGAGAUCCAAAGGCGGAUAGGGAAGUGGAGGAGAUCGAAGAGCUCAUGGCUGGGUUGGGCAUAGGCGACAGGACCGUGUCGGAGAUGAUGCCGUUCGACGCGGCCGAUUUUGUCAAACCGGCUGAUCUAGGGCGAGACGACAUUCAUCCCUGA